CACUAGGAGUCAUUCGACCCAGCCCCCAGCCUCACUGCUAUCUCGUCGCCCAUCGCGCUGCCUGCAUCGUCCAUCAUCACAAAUAUGCGGGCAUCCAUCUCUUCGCUGGGCGUCCUCGCGGCAGGCGCGUCGGCGCUCCAGAUUCCCCUGCUCUCUUCCUCGAAACAGGCGCCCAUCCAGCCUGCCGGUGAUUAUCAUGGAGAGAAGCCGCUGGUCAACUCAUCAGCGCUACAAGACCUCAUCAGUGGGGACAAGUUGUUUGCACGUGCGAAGAAGCUGUACGAGAUCGCAAAGCUGGGUGAGGAAGAGUACAACCACCCAACCCGAGUGAUUGGUAGUGCUGGACAUGAUGGCACGCUCUCGUAUAUAUACGAAACCAUUCUAGCUCUGGGACACUACUACGACAUCUCGAACCAGUCCUUCCCUGCUGUUUCUGGGAAUAUUUUCGAGUCUCGCCUUGUCCUGGGCAAUGAGGUGCCAAAAUCAGCGUCGCCGUUCGGUUUGACGCCCCCAACAAAGAACAGGGAGCCUGUACAUGGCACUGUGAUCCUCGUUGAGAACGAGGGCUGUCAGCUGGGCGACUUUCCAAGCUCGGUGAAGGGCAACAUCGCCUUCAUCAAGCGCGGUACAUGCCCUUUCGGAACUAAAUCCGAGCAUGCAGGUGUAAAGGGUGCGGCCGCAGUGGUCGUCUAUGACUUAGGAAGCAAGGACGGUAUUGGAGGAACCCUCGGCACCCCGUCACCAAACCACGUCGCGACUUUUGGUAUUGGCAGCGAAGAUGCGAAGCCCAUCCUCAAAAAGCUCAAGAACAAGAAAUACGUCGAUGCGAUUGCGUACAUCGAUGCCGAGGUUAAGCAGAUUGCAACCACGAACAUCAUUGCACAGACUACGUUCGGUGAUCCAGAAAACUGCGUCAUGCUCGGCGCACACAGCGACAGUGUCGCUGAAGGCCCUGGAAUCAACGAUGACGGCUCCGGCUCUAUCAGUCUGCUGGAAGUUGCAAGUCAGCUCACCAAGUUCAAUGUAUCUAAUUGUGUCCGCUUUGGCUGGUGGGCAGGCGAAGAAGAAGGCCUCCUCGGCUCCGACUACUACGUGGCUUCGUUGCCCAAAGAGGAAAACCAGAAAAUCCGCCUCUUUAUGGAUUACGACAUGAUGGCCAGUCCAAACUUCGCGUACCAGAUCUACAAUGCGACUAAUGCAGCUAACCCCAACGGUUCCGAAGAAUUGAGGGAUCUGUACAUCGACUGGUAUAAGGAUCAUGGACUCAAUUACACGUUUAUUCCAUUUGAUGGUCGCAGCGAUUACGAUGGCUUCAUUCGUCACGGUAUUCCUGGUGGAGGCAUCGCCACAGGGGCCGAAGGCGUCAAGACCAAAGAAGAGGCUGAGCAAUUUGGAGGUAAGGCGGGCGACUGGUACGACCCGUGCUAUCAUCAGCUGUGUGAUGAUUUGAGCAAUGUGAAUGUCACUGCUUGGGUUGUAAAUACCAAGCUCAUCGCCCACUCGGUGGCGACAUACGCCCGCUCGUUCGAGGGCUUCCCGGAGCGCACGGAUUCUGUUGCGGCGAUCGAGUACACGGAGGGUGUUAAGUAUCAUGGUUCGAAGUUGUUCAUCUAGGUGCACAUUUUGUGUCACUUCUCGAUACAUAUUCGUUGGCAUCGAAGAUUGCAUAGCGGGGGAUAAAGAGCAAGGAUGUAUACAUAAAUGUACAGCAAUUAACACAACCUUUCUACAACAAUAAGUCAAACGUUUCCCUC